AUGCUGCCGUCUCUUUCAAGGGAGAGUGCUAACACCACUCUGGUGACGCCGCAACCUGGGCAGGACGGAGGCAAUCGGGUUUCUUUUGGUUCAGUGGAGGAUGAUUCUUUUGGGAGGUUACAGGAAUCUCUUUUUGGGGAAGAGGAGGAUUUUGACGAACUCGAGGAUUCCCCAUGUCGAAGAUUACGUGGGAAACGCCCAGGAAGAACACGCUUGAUUUAUCUGAAUACUGGAAGUUCUACGUCUGGGGCAGAAAUUAGUGGUGAGGAUGAGCUUAAUGAAGAUAAUGAAGACGGGAGAGAUGAAGACAACGAAGACGGCGAUGACGAAGAUGACGAAGAAGACGGCAAGGAGGAUGAGGACGGUGAAGACGACGAGGAAGAAGACGUUCACGACGAUGAAUCUAUUCAGUCAAUAAAGGCUGAACCCUUACCUGUGACGCAACCAAAUCAUAACGACGGACAAAGCAACUUUUUAGAACGAUACCAACAUGAAAAUAAAUGGCUUGAAUUAAAAAGCAAACCCAUUCCAAAGUUGGAACCUGAUCGGAGCAAGUGGGUCGAUGAAUGGUUUCAAGCUUUCCAAGAGGGUGUCCGCUUGAAGAUUCCCCGUUUCGUCAAUGACGGAUCUAAAAUGGCCAUACUUGACUUUUUAGCUGCUGUCGACCUGCAAGAUGCCGAGACAUUAGGAGAAUUGAUAUUCAUGGGAUACAAAGCUGAUAUUGAACUGAGCGGGAUGUCAGAGACAUUCCACUUUGAAAGCAUCCUUCUCGACUUUAUGCUUCUGCGGUCCGAUAGAGAACCCGCCACCACAACCCAGGGCGAGGAUAAGUCUCACCAUAUCAAGGAAAUGGAUCAAAUCAGAGAAGACUGGUAUGGACUUUGUUUCAGCAAUUUCCCGUCCACAGAAUACGCUCUAGAUGCGUGGCUUGAAAAGUGGAGGUUGACCUACGACCGCGGUGUUGCCCUAAAGAUCCCAUCAUUCAUUGAGGACAAUGGCAAAGAAGCUAUAUACACCUUCCUCUAUCGUGUCAAAAACGAAACAGGAUUUUCUUGGUUUCUUCCAUGUUAUCGCUCUGAACUGGAAUUUAACGAUCCUGUCCCAUCUUUUGCUAGUAUUCUUGAUGAUUUCCAGCUUGAGUGGAUAGGGCAUAAGGAAGUCGCUGAGGAAAAAGCGGCCGAAGCGAAGAAAAAGUGCGUCUGCGGACUGAAGAACCACCAGAAAUGGGUUGAAUGUUACUACCUCAACUCAUCAAUCAGGCCAGAAGGAUGGAUACCAAAGACUACGGUUAUGGCCCGCAUCGAUGAACAAGCAAGAACCGACAGAAAGCUCAAGAACUUCAUCCGAAAACACAGAAAGAAGCAAUCUCCGCCCCCACCAGAACAAGAAGAGCCGAAAAAAGAAGAGAAGCCGAAAGACGCGGAGACAGAGGAAGAGAAAGAAGCAAAACGCGGUCCAAUCCAAGUCAUAUUCCCCCAUCUUUCGGGCGAAGCCCUCGAAACCAACGAAAAGAUAAAAACCAGCUUUUUCGUCUUCAAGGAUUCGCCAAUCCAUUUCUGCAACGACCGUAGCCGAUUCAUGACUUUCAAACAACGCGAUCCGACCUUGCCACAAAACAGGAUCCAUUGUAUGGAUCCCUUCAAGACUACUAUCGGUAUACACGGAGUCGGGCGCGUAAAAGUUAAAGCGACAACGCCCGAUGGGGUUGAGAAGGGCGUUCAUAUAGAAUUGCACGAGGUCAAAUAUUGCCCAGAGGCACCGUGGAACGCGAUAUCGAUAGACCUAUUUAACUCCUGGAGAUAUUAUUUUGAUGAAGUGAAGCUUAUGUUCUACUACAUCACAAACAAAGAGCGCAAGUAUUUUGCGAAAGUGGAAGAGAGAUUUGGUCGACGGAUGCUCGAGUAUAACCUGGUUGAAUAG